CCUUCCGUGGACACGCGGCGCCAAUCGAGGACGGGUGGAGGAUAUUUGUGGUCCGUCCCUACGGAAUUUUCCUCCCCCUGGAGUGUCGACGGCUCCGCGCCGUCCUCGCCCUGCUCCGCCGCCGCUUCCCAACCUCAUCGCCGCCCUUCCGCGCCUCAAUCCGAUUCAAGGCGCUAUUUCGGUAUUUCCACCAGCUGCUCCUCCUUUUCUUCCUCUCUUCGGCGCCUUCGCCGGCCACAGCGCCCCCACCUGGACGGGCGUGGAGCAGGGAUCCAACCCCUGCCUGCGUUGAUCCAAUCUCGUGCAGUGCUGAGUGAGAGGAUAAGUUAAGAAUGGCUGCGCGGAGCACUUCCAUGGCCUCCGAGGAUGAUUAUGAGACUGAACAAAAGAAGCAAGCUGCUGCAGAUGUUCUUUUCCACUAUUCACAGUUUGUUAUGGUCUGCAUUGGUGAGGACGUUCGCCCUACUGAUCUCAGGUUGCAUCUUAUGAAGGAAGUUUCAGGAAUGCCCACUUCCUUGAAGAAGGAGCCUCAACAGCCUGCUGCCUCACCUGAUUCCAGCGGUGAACCAUCGUCCUCUGGAACAAUGAAAACUGAAAUCUCCUAAGCUUCUUAAAUUAUCCAGUUCUGAUCUCCUGCUGUUUCUUUGCACGGAGAAGAAAAUGAUGUUCAGAUGAUGAGGCCUACUUGUAUCAUAAGAAUGUAAAUAUGUUAGUAUCACAUCGUUGCCUAGAAUUUGUUCUUGUGACAAUGCAGAUGGAACAUUGGUCUUCCUGAUGCCCUGCUGUUCUGCUGCUCUAUCUUCUGUCGUGUUACAACAGUCUGCUAGGUGAUGUUUGUGAUGACUGGAACCAACUACACAUACCCGGACCACUUUGGGCAGUGGGUUGGGGUUGCAUGGGACCAGACUUGGUGCGACAGGAACCUUUCUCUCCAAAUUUCAUUUCACAAUUGUAAAACCUUUGAUGAGUAUCAUCGACUUGAA